AUCAUUCAUUCAUCGUAUAAAAAACUUUGUUUCAGAAAUUUAAAAAUGGCGCCAAAAGAAGUUGAAGUUGCCGCUACAUCUGCCCCCGACAAGGAAAAGAAGGAAAAAGCAGAUAAGAAGAAGAAGGAGCAAGAGGAGGAAGAACUAUCUGAGGAAGACAAGAUUCUAAACGAAGAACUUGAACUCUGUGUCACAAGAUUAGACGAGAAUGAUGCUUCCCUGUACAAGCUAGCCCUGGACUCAAUGACAACCUUGAUCAGAGCCUCAACCACGUCAAUGACCUCUGUCCCUAAACCUCUAAAGUUUAUGAUCCCUCAUUUCGACAAGAUGAAGCAGAUCCAAGGCAAGAUGUCUCCUGGACCCGUCAAGGCCCAGUGUUCUGAUGUAGUAUCUGUGCUAGCAAUGACAAUGUCAGAGGAUAGAGAAUGUCUCAAGUUUAAAAUGCAGGGAAACCUGAGUACCGAGGAGAUAGAACUCUGGGGACAUGAAUAUGUUCGACAUCUAGCUGGAGAAGUGGUUCAAGAGUUUAACUCUCUAGCAGCAGAUCAAGAAUCCAGUAAGACUGAACUGAUGAAUAUUGCAAAGCUGAUAGUUCCCUCUCAGAUGAAACAUCACGCGGAGGCCGAGGCUUGUGAUCUCCUGAUGGAGGUUGAACAGCUAGAUAUCCUUGAGCAGUAUGUGGACGAGGCUGCUUACAAUAGGGUGUGCCUGUACCUAACUAGCUGUGUACCGUAUGUACCGGAUCCAGAGAAUACAAACCUUCUCGUCACAGCUCUCAAUAUUUUUAGGAAGUUUAACCAGCUCCCUCAGGCAAUGCGUCUAGCUCUUCAACUAAACGAUAGAGACAAGGUUGAAGAUAUAUUUAACACCUGUCCUGAUAGUACAGUUAAACGACAACUAGCGUUCAUGUUAGGUCGUCAUCAGUUCUAUCUCGAGCUACCGGCGGACUCGGAGGACUACGACGAUCUCAACGAAAUCAUGUCCAACGUCCAGCUGAACAACCACUUUCUCAACCUGGCGAGGGAGCUGGAUAUUAUGGAGGCUAAGACUCCGGAUGAUGUUUACAAAUCUCAUCUUGACAAUGUGAGACCAGGGUUCGGAGGAGGAGCUGUAGAUUCAGCUCGUCAGAACCUAGCUUCUAGCUUUGUUAAUGGUUUCAUCAAUACAGGGUUCGGACAGGACAAACUUCUGAUGGAGGACGGCAACAAGUGGUUGUAUAAGAACAAGGAGCAUGGUAUGCUCUCCGCUACUGCCAGCAUAGGUCUGGUUCUUCUCUGGGACGUGGACGGAGGUUUGACACAGAUUGAUAAAUAUCUUUACUCUCCAGAGGACUGGAUUAAAUCUGGAGCUCUGCUCGCCUGUGGUAUAGUUAAUACUGGAGUUAGAAAUGAGUGUGAUCCUGCAUUUGCUCUUCUCUGUGACUAUGUUCUUCACUCAAGCAACGUGAUGCGUCUUGGAGCCAUCUUUGGAUUAGGAUUGGCUUACGCUGGUUCUAAUAGAGCUGAUGUUAUUGAGCUUUUACUCCGUGUGUUUGCUGACUCUAAAUCUAACAUGGAGGUUAUCGGUGUAACUGCUCUGGCUACAGGUAUGGUUGCAGUAGGAUCCUGUAAUGGAGAUGUAACCUCCACUAUUCUCCAGACUCUGAUGGAGAAGUCAGGAGCUGAUCUCAAGGAUAGCUUUGCUAAAUAUCUGCCCCUUGGUAUUGGUCUCUGCUAUCUUGGAAAGCAGGAUGCUUCUGAAGCAACAAUUGCUGCUCUCGAGGUUAUCCCUGAACCCUUCCGUCAGAUUGCUGUAACUCUGGUUGAGAUCUGUGCGUAUGCUGGAACUGGAAAUGUUCUGAAGAUUCAGCAACUUCUCCACAUCUGCUCCGAGCACUACGAGCAGGAGAAGGAGACCGAGAAGAAAGACAAGAAGAAGGAUGAGAAGAAAGAUGAAAAGAAAGAUGAGAAAAAGGAUGAUAAGAAAGAGGAGAAAGAGGAAGAGGCAUCACACGACAUGUCCGGACAGCAAGCUGUUGCAGUUCUAGGUUUAGGUCUGAUCGCUAUGGGCGAGGAUAUCGGAAGCGAGAUGCUGUAUCGUACUCUAGGACAUCUCAUGAGAUACAGUGAACCCUGUAUCCGUAGAGCAGUUCCUCUUGCGCUCUCUCUCAUUUCCGUUUCCAACCCUCAACUAAACAUCCUCGACACCCUGAGCAAAUUCUCUCACGACCCUGAUCCAGAGGUUGCACAGAACUCUAUAUUCGGAUUAGGAUUGAUCGGAGCUGGAACCAACAACGCCAGACUUGCUGCAACCCUUCGACAGUUGGCUCAAUAUCACGCUAAGGAACAGAACAACUUGUUUAUGGUUCGUAUAGCUCAGGGUCUUGUUCAUCUUGGUAAAGGAACCCUGACACUCAACCCGUUCCACUCCGACCGUACUCUAAUGUCUCCUGUAGCUGUUGCUGGCCUUCUCUCCGUCCUCGUUGCUCUACUGGACGUGAAGAACACUAUCCUGGGUAAGUCCCACUACCUUCUCUACGGACUGGCCACAGCAAUGCAGCCAAGGAUGCUUGUUACCUUCGAUACGGAGCUCCGACCUCUUCCUGUCUCCGUCCGGGUUGGUCAAGCCGUUGAUGUGGUUGGGCAGGCAGGGAAACCUAAAACCAUCACAGGGUUCCAGACUCAUACCACACCAGUUCUUCUAGCACACGGAGAGAGAGCGGAGCUAGCUACAGAGGAAUAUAUUCCUGUCACCACUAUAAUGGAAGGGUUUGUUAUCCUUAAGAAAAAUCCUGAUUAUUAAAUAUUUGUGUGAUAAAGUAUCUAAAUAAGUUGUAUGUGUACUGAACUAAUUAUAUUUCAGA